CCUGGUGACCUUUGAGGAUGUGUGUGUGGCUUUCUCAGAGGAGGAGUGGGCUCUGCUGGACCCAGGCCAAAGGGCUCUGCACCGGGAAGUCAUGGAGGAGAAUUAUGGGAAUCUGGCCUCUCUCGGGUGGGAGGCCAGGAGUGCAGAAGAUCAGAGAAGGAAAACUGAAGCAAAGACAAAGGGAAGGAAAGAAUCCAGGGUAACUGAAGGUGUCAGGUUCACUUCAAUUCAAGAAGAAAAUCACAAAGGAAAGAAAAAGAUUAAUCUAUCCCCCUGGGCAAAAGGCUUAAGUGGUACGUCAAAGGACAUAACAGAACAGAGAAUGCAAAAUGAUGAGACACAGUGGAAGUGGUCAGAGUAUAGGAUGGGCAUUGACAAAAUCCUGAUUUUCCAUGCAAGACUGCAGUUGGAGAAGGGAUUACACAGAUGUUCGGAAUGCGGGAAAAGUUUCAGAAAGAAGGGCAACCUCACUGUACAUCAGAGACUGCACACUGGAGAAAAGCCAUAUACAUGCUCUGAGUGUGGAAAAAGUUUCACUCGCUACUCAGGUCUUGCUUCCCAUGAAAGAAUUCACACAGGGGAGAAACCGUAUGCAUGCACCAAGUGUGGAAAGAGUUUUGGUCACUUUUCAAACCUUGCUUACCAUGAAAGAAUCCACACAGGGGAGAAACCAUACACAUGCUCUGAGUGUGGGAAGAGUUUCGCAAUCUUCUCAUCUCUCACUUCCCAUCAAAGAAUCCACACAGGAGAAAAAUCAUAUAAAUGCUCUGAGUGCGAAAAGUGUUUUAGUCAUCAUUCAAGUCUUACUUCCCACCAAAGAAUUCACAUGGGGGAAAACCCAUAUAAAUGCUUGGAAUGUGGAAAGAGCUUCAACCACAGUGCGAGCUUUACUUACCAUCAAAGAAUCCAUGCAUCAGAAAAAUUAUAUAAACACUCAGAACGUGGAAAGAGCUUCAGAAACCACUUAAAUGUUACUUUUAAUGCAUUCCACAUCAGGGAAAAACCAUAUAAGUGUACAAAGUGCAGGAGCAGUUUCAGUCGCCCUUCAGGCCUUGCUUACCACCAAAGAAUACACACAGGGGAGAAACCAUAUAAAUGCAUCAAGUGCGGAAAGGAUUUCAGCCGCUUUUCAAGCUUGACUUAUCAUGAAAGAAUUCACACAGGGGAGAAACCAUACACAUGCACAGAGUGUGGAAAGAGGUUCACAGCCUGCUCAUCCCUUGUAUCCCAUCAAAGAAUACACACAGAGGAAAAAGCAUAUAAAUGCCCUGAGUGUGGAAACAGCUUCACUCACCCUUCAAGCCUCGCUUCUCAUCGAAGAAUUCAUACGAAGGAGAAACCAUACACAUGCUCUGAGUGUGGAAAGAGCUUCACUUACAGCUCGGGCCUUUCUUCUCAUCAAAGAAUCCAUACAGGGGAGAAACCAUACAAAUGCCCAGAAUGUGGAAAGUGCUUCAGUCACUGUUCAGGCCUUGCUUCUCAUCAAAGAAUUCACACAGGGGAGAAACCUUAUAAAUGUUCUGAGUGCGGGAAGGGCUUCACUUACAGCUCGGGCCUUUCUUCCCAUCAAAGAACCCAUACAGGGGAGAAACCGUACAAAUGCUCAGAAUGUGGAAAGUGCUUCAGUCACUGCUCAGGCCUCGCUUAUCAUCGACUGGUCCACGCAGGGGUGAAACCCUAUAAAUGCUCUGAGUGCGGAAAGAGCUUUGGUCAUAGGGGAAAUCUCACUUCCCAUCAAAAGAUCCACACAGGAGUGAAACCAUACAGAUGUUCUGAGUGUGGAAAGAGCUUUGGUCACAGCUCAGGCCUGUCUUCCCAUCAGAGAAUCCAUACAGGGGAAAAACCAUAUCAGUGCUUGCAGUGUGGGAAGAGCUUCAGUCACAGUUCAGGCCUUGCGUAUCAUCAGAUACUCCAUACGGAAGAGAGAUUAUAUAAUUGCUUAGAGUGUGGGAAGAGUUUCAGUCACAGCUCAGGCCUCACUUCCCAUCGAAGGAUCCAUACAGGAGAGAAGCCAUAUAAAUGUUUAGAGUGCGGGAAGAGCUUCAGACAGAGCUCGAGACUCACUUCCCAUCAAAGAAUCCACACAGGAGAGAAACCAUAUCAGUGCUCAGAGUGCGGGAAGAGCUUCAGUCACGAUUCGGGCCUUGCUUCCCAUAAAAGAAGAAUCCACACUGGGGAGAAACCAUACAAAUGCACAGAAUGCGGAAAGAGCUUCAGUCACAGCUCCAGCUUUAAUUCCCAUCAGAGAAUCCACACGGGAGAGAAACCAUAUACCUGUUCUGAGUGUGGGAUAAGCUUCAGUCAUAGCUCGAGCCUUACAACCCAUGAAAGACUCCACACAGCAGAGAAACCAUACACAUGCUCUCAGUGUGGCAAAAGCUUCAUUCACAGCUCGGGUCUUGCUUACCAUCAAAGAACCCACACAGGAGAGAAACCGUAUAAAUGUUCAGAGUGCGGAAAGAGCUUCAGUCGCAGCACGAACCUUACUUCUCAUCAAAGAGUCCACACGGGGGAAAAACCAUACAAAUGCUUAGAGUGUGGAAAGAGCUUCAAAGUGAGCUCAAACCUUACUUCUCAUCAAAGAAUUCACACAGGAGAGAAGCCGUAUACUUGUGCUGAGUGUGGGAAAAGCUUCAGGCAUAGCUCAAACUUUGCUUCCCAUCAAAAAAUCCACACAGGGGACAAACCGUAUAAAUGUGCAGAGUGUGGAAUGGGCUUCAAUCAGAGUGCAAGCCUUACUUCCCAUAUAAGGACACAUACUGGGGAGAAACCAUAUAAAUGCCUGGAGUGUGGAAAGAGCUUUAGUCAUAGCACAAAUCUUACUUCCCAUCAAAGAAUUCACACAGGAGAAAAACCCUACAAAUGUUCAGUGUGUGGAAUGAGCUUCCGCCAGAGUGCACGCCUAACUUCCCACCGAAGAAUCCACACUGGAGAGAAACCAUAUAAAUGUUCAGUGUGUGGAAGAAGCUUCAGUCAGAGCUCGAGUCUUACAUCCCAUCAAGGAAUCCACACUGGGGAGAAACCAUAUAAAUGCUCAGUAUGUGGGAAGAGCUUCAGUCAGAGCUCAAGCCUGGCAUCCCACCAAGGAAUCCAUACAGGAGAGAAACCGUAUAAAUGUUCAGAGUGUGGGAUGAGCUUCCGUCAAAGUUCACGCCUUACGUCACACCAAAGAAUCCACACAGGGGAAAAACCAUACACUUGCUCAGAGUGUGGGAAGAGCUUCAGUCAGAGCUCAAAUCUUAUAUCCCAUCAAGGCAUCCACAUGGGGGAGAAACCUCAUAAAUGUUCAGAAUGUGGGAAGAGUUUCAUUCGGAAGGAGUACCUUACUUCCCAUCAAAGAAUACAUACUGGAGAGAAACCCUAUGCAUGCCCAGACUGUGGGAAGACUUUCCGUCAGAACUCAAGCCUUACUUCCCAUCAGAGAACUCACACAGGGGAGAAACCAUACAGCUGCUCAGAGUGUGGAAAGAACUUUAGCAAGAGGUCAAGCCUUACCUGCCAUCAAAAAAUCCACACAGGGUACAAACCCUAUAAAUGCCUGGAGUGUGGAAAGAGCUUCCUUUGGGAAUCAAAACUGAAGAGACAUCAAAGUAGUCACAGAGGGGAGAAACCACGUAAAUCCUCAGAGCGUGGGAAGCGCUUCGUUCAGGACACUCCCUUUGCUUCGCAUCAGACAACUCGCAUAGAAGUUAAGCCAGAGAGCUGUACGAAUGGUGACAAUGAAGAAAUAGCUUCAAACGUAACUCAGGUCUUGGAACCUUUGAAGAAUCCACUGAAGGCAGAAAUAAUAUAAAUAGGUCGACUGUGGAAAGCAUGUAAACCAUAGCUGUGAUAGAGACAGGGAAAAGUUCCUUCUCCACCGUU